CCCGGAGCCCGCCCGCCCGCCGCGGCAGCAUGCGGCUGGCCGAGCGGCUGCGCAAGGACUGGUUCCUGGUGGGCAUCGUGGUGGCCAUCGCCGGCGCCAAGCUGCGGCCGUCGGUGGGCGUGCACGGGGGACCACUGAAGCCAGAAAUAACCGUAUCCUACAUUGCUGUUGCCACAAUAUUCUUUAACAGCGGACUGUCAUUGAAAACAGAGGAGCUGACCAGUGCUUUGGUGCAUUUAAAACUACAUCUCUUUAUUCAGAUCUUUACGCUUGCAUUCUUCCCAGCAACAAUAUGGCUCUUUCUUCAGAUUUUAUCAGUCACAACCAUCAAUGAAUGGCUUUUAAAAGGUUUGCAGACAGUAGGUUGCAUGCCUCCCCCUGUGUCUUCUGCAGUGAUUUUAACCAAGGCGGUUGGUGGAAAUGAGGCAGCUGCGAUAUUUAAUUCAGCCUUUGGAAGUUUUUUGGGCAUCGUUAUAACACCCUUGCUACUGCUGCUUUUUCUUGGGUCAUCCUCUUCCGUGCCCUUCACAUCUAUUUUCUCUCAGCUUUUUGUGACCGUUGUGGUUCCUCUCAUCAUUGGACAGAUUGUCCGAAGAUACAUCAAGGAUUGGCUCGAAAGGAAGAAGCCUCCAUUCGGUGCUGUCAGCAGCAGUGUGCUCCUCAUGAUCAUCUACACCACGUUCUGCGACACGUUCUCCAACCCGAACAUCGACCUGGACAAAUUCAGCCUCGUGCUCGUCCUGUUCAUCAUAGUUUCCAUCCAGCUGAGUUUCAUGCUGUUAACCUUCGUCUUUUCAACAAGGAAUAACUCGGGCUUCACACCAGCAGAUACGGUGGCUAUCAUUUUCUGUUCUACACACAAAUCCCUUACAUUGGGAAUUCCAAUGCUGAAGAUCGUGUUCGCCGGACACGAGCAUCUCUCCCUGAUAUCCGUGCCCCUGCUCAUCUACCACCCAGCUCAGAUCCUGCUGGGAAGCGUGUUGGUGCCAACAAUCAAGUCGUGGAUGGUGUCACGGCAGAAGGGAGUGAAGCUGACGCGGCCCACCGUGUAAGGAAGGACGCCCGCUCCCCGUGGCAGUGUACAUAUGUAGAGCGUCGUACAUUCACGCACUUCUGAACACUCGCACUCGUGAAUGUUCCUCGGAUGCAUAUUUUAUUUUUUUACGGAAGAAAAAAUAUUAUAUACCUGUUUAAGUGCCUUAAAAAAAAACUGUACUCCAUGAGAACGUUAAUUCCAAAACAUCCUGUUGUUUACUGCCAGCGGUGGUCGCAUAUUCUGGAUUUUUUUUUUUUUUUCCUAAAAGAAAAGAGUCCUAGGAAAGGGCGGACGCCCUCAGCUCCGCCCUGGCCCCCCGACGUCUGAAACGAGCUCAGGCCAUCAGGAAAACGCCCUCGGGUGACAGUGAGAAACUCCGAAGCCCACUCACGCACAUUUGGACCCACUGUGGGACUCUCUGGGUUUGUUGGUUUGUUUGUUUGCUUGUUUUCCUACAGUAUGACAAGCCUCCUGCCUACCCACGCGGCGGGGCCGGGGACGGAGUAAGACGCCGAGUCGCACCAGGUCCCCCCCCCUUCACUCAGUCACUUUUUUUUAGACAUUCCUUCAGCAAUCCUCCAGUCCCGUCCGCGAGGCCGCGGCGCCGUGUCUCAGAUGCGCGAGGAGCUGCUCCCGCGAGUCACGAGGGAAGCGCGGGGCAGCUCCAGGCGAGCCACCACCUCGGGUCCCGGGGCUCUCGUCAUCCUGUCUCAGUGCUCUGUGCCCAGCGCGAGCCCCCCGCAGCCCAGCGGGAGCGCGAGAAACGUCCCCGCGGGGUGGAGGCGGCGGGGAGGAGGGACGGAGCCUCUCCCAUGCCGUAACCCAGGCCCCUUGCCAAGGUGACCCCCGCCAGGGAGGGCCUGCCCGGCGCAGCCCUGAACGGAGCCCGCGUCAGGCCCCGGCCACAGUGUGUCCGCGAGAAGGUCUCAGAUAGAUGUGUGCAACCUCGUGGGAAAAGGGAAAGCACAUUGCUCUUGCGGAGCCAUGGAACACAGAUGUUACAACUCCACCCUUGGUCUAGACGGUUCAUCAGCCGGCACUGGUCCAGGAAGCACGGCACAUUUGCUUUCGCCGAGGCUGGGUGAAUUUGACUAGACCCAGGUAGAGAAGAGUACUCGGUUGAGCCACAGGACACGUUUUUGUUCUGUUGAUCGCGCACCAUCCUGUCUGUCACUCUGUCUCCCUACAUCCUCUGGUGGUUUGACAGUCUUAGCCUCCCGGUCUCACUGAGGCACACACUAUAUGGUCAGCAUGUAUGCCCACAAGUAGCAACGACAAAGAUCAUGAUCCCAGCUACUCAGGAGGCUGAGAUCUUGAGGACUGACCUUUGAAGCCAGC